CCCUUUAUUUCUCUCUUAAUAAAUUUGCCUCUGCGAACAUCCUACAAAUCCUCUACAAGGUGCUAUAUUCUUUGAAAUCAAAGAGUAGAAACGAUACAAUACAAUUCCCUACGGGACAAUCCGAUAAGUACGUGAACGGAACGGAAAGGAAGACACUCCUAUAUCUAUUUUAAGGAAUAAACCAACACAAAGAAAGGUAUACCGCCACGUUCUUCUCUACCUUAGCCUCAUCUCUUAUUACAAGAAACGUCGCUCCAUAAGUAUUCCAAUCUUACAACUUUGCGCCAUACAAAUCCAUCAACCAAGAACAAGAAAGACGUACAGCAUGUCUGCCAUUACAUCCAACACUCCAACCUCUCCUAUUCAACACCGAGACAUUCGCUCUGAGGCCCAAGCCUUCAAACGUGAUAAGGAUCACUCCCAGAAAUGGGUUAUGGGGGUUCGCCCACAAGCUGGCGCGAACAAGACUUUCAUAAGUUUGACUGAUGGCGAUGCAUCUGCUAAGGGAAAGGAGAAGAUUAGACCUCAAAAGUUAUGGAGUCAAGUUAGCAGCUCCGACCGACAUUACCGUAACAGUUCCAAUGCUCCUUCAAAACCAUCUGGGUCACCAUCUUACAACCAUGGUCUUACAUCCUCUUCCCGUAUCGCCCGCAAGAUCGAUGCCCAUGUUGAGGCUGCAGAUAAGACCUCCCAUCCUCUCUCCAGAUCUCUACUCGAUCUUCUUCCAACACAUUACAAUAAUACAUCUCCAUCUAUCGCUACCGCAAUCAUGAAUACUGGUGACGAAGGUGUUCUUUACUCUUUUGAUAGAACAGACACACCAAGCAACAGAGUGGACUUGGGUGGGUUGGUAGACCUUGCGGAGCAGAGAUGGGUCAAUGAACAAACCGAGAAGAUCGUUAGGGGUGAAUAUGAGGUUUUGGAUGCAGAAGGAGAGACAGUUCUUCAAAGACAAAGAGGCAGAAAGAGUCCCAGAUCCAAGGCUCUUUCUCGUACUCGUGAAGACUCGAAGGCUAAAACUCAUAAAUCAGAACCGCUUGAGGAUGAUGGAUUUGAACUUAUCUAAUCUCGAAUCCCGGCAUGAGUUUGGAAGAUCAUGAUCUCUAGUUGAUUGUUAUGGUUGCUCCAGCAUUGUAUUCUCGUACAGCACACCUUGCAUUGAGCCACAGGCUCUCGGGAGUUUUUUGUUGUUUUUUCCUUCUUUACAUCUGGCAUUUGGCGCGCACACAAGCAUAGGAUACCGGCAGGCAGCUUACUCUGGAGUUUUUGAUACACAGAGAAGGAUAGCUAGCCUUUGAUUUUUAGUUUCAGUUUCUGCACAGGCAUUGAUAGAUGGGCCUGAGGUCUGAUUUUUGUAACUUGUUCGGGUGCAUUAUGGUUAUUGAGGUCUGCGUGGGCCAUAGCAUGGGUAGCUUACCGGUCUAGGGAUUGGGAGGAUAGCUUGGUGCUUAGGUGAUCCUUUUAUCAGGGCUUUUUAAUGAGUUAUGGGUUUGAUGGUGUGUACAGCAGGAAUGAAUGGGAUGGUAGAUGCACUGGGUAGUUGAUCUCAAUAGUGUUGAUAAGGAUGAGGUGUUAUACGCGGAGAUCCUAAUAUCAUACCUAUUACUCACCAGACUUUAUUGGAAACUUCUUGUGCUAUUUUCCUGUGACUUUCUCACUCU